AUGGGACUCUACUACGACAUCGACUCCAUCAAGCGCGAAGAAGCAAAAACAGAGCAGCUCGACGACAUCCUAACACCGCACCACAACCCAGUCCACCCCCAAAGCGCGCCAACAACCCAUUUCCCCACCCCAAUUGUAGGCAGCCACGCACCUGGGUUCAUGCUCCACCAAACUAACCACUGCAACGGUCCUCUGUGCUGGAACAGCACCGGCGGCGAGGUAAUCGAGGUCAUGAGCAUCUGCCGCUUGGUGUGGGUGAGGCUGACGGAGCCUGAUUGCUCGGCGAGUCUGCACCAUGGGGUUACGUAUGGUGAGAUGGCGGCGUUGAGGAAUGGGGAGACGGUUAUGCGUGGGAAUGUGGGGGAUCGGGUCCCGGGGCUUUGGACGGACUCGAGGGGCGUGUUAUAUACGGGUAUGGGCACGGUGUAUGGGGUUUCUGACCGCGUGCUGGUUCCGAUUUUGCGCUGUCCUGGUGGCUGCGAUUGGCAGGUUUUGCGGCCGUCGGUGGAGUUGUGA